AUGGAGGCUGCCAUCACAACAAUUCUUGACCCCCGGGGAGUCCUCUUAAAAGAAGCUGCCAACGGCGUUUCUCCUCCGCCGGCAUAUUCUCCCCAGCCACGACGAUACAGUCUCCCGAGAGUGCCUGCUGUGGAAACACCAUACUACCACAACAUGCCUCGGGAGCCCGUCGUGAUCGGCCGGGAGCCCAUCACCGCCGUCAUCACUGGCGAGGACGAGGGCGAUGCCGACGAGGGCCAAUCACCCAUAAGCCUGCGAAUCAAUACCUCCGUCAGAAUCUCGAGCAACAACAACCUGGUCUGCUGCAAUACCAGUCCCGCCGACAAUGCCAAGGCUAUUGCUCGUGCUGUGGUUGUUGCCCUGCAGGAGAAUAGCUCUGGUCAGUGUGGCAUCCCCAUGAUCGAUGAGGACGGCCGACCUAGACCUGUCAAAAUCGAGGUCGAUGCUGGUGUCGAGGUACAAGGGACGGGCAAUGUAAUUGGUGACGAAAAGGUCAUCAACGAAGUCUUGCGGCAGACGGGCCAGCUUCGUCGUCAACGAGAGGCCGGAGAAGAGGACGACGGAGAAGAAGAGCCUACGAAGCGCAGGAGGACUGAGUAA